AUGGCCAAUCCCAGGAGACAGGGCUGUUUUUGCUGUAACUGCGGGCACUGUUUGCGAUCGUCUUAUGAAUGCGUCUACGGGGUACAAGCUAUUCCAAAAGAUUUCAAGCUUCGCAAAUUAGCCAAGAGACCAAUCCGGUUUGUAGACCCCAACUCCAUCAAAUUUUGCGGGGCCACUGUAUCUUUUUCUGGGGGCACGGCCCUAGAGCUCGAAGCGACCAAAGAGGCCAGAGAAGAUGCACUGUUUAGAAAAUAUCUUGAAACUUUGGGGUGGCAUCUCGGUGGAUGGUCGUCAUGGAUGUUGGGGGUCGACCUUUCUUCUGAUGACGCACUAUUGUACGAUGCUUUUGUGAAAGGUUUCAUGGUUGCAAUAUCGCCCCAACUGGCUCACGAGAGCUUGCAGCCUUCGUCGGUUGUCAUUCCUCGCGGCCUUCAUAAUCCAACCUUGAGACAUGUUUUCUAUGCCUGUGGUGCAACCUACCUGUCAUGGAAGCGCCCUGAGUACCGUGGAUUUGCUGAGCAGAAGUUUUUGCAGUGCAUGAAAGAGUUACAGUGGUUUUUGAACCAAAAUUCUCUGGUCGGUAACGAGGACUGGCUGCUUAUUUGCAUGGUCACUUUAUGCCUUCGUGAGAAAUAUCAAUGUGAAAACACCGCCAGAAAUGCGUUUUUCCUAAUAGCUUCUCUGCAAAUCAUAGAAUGCUGGUUGCUUAAGAAGAACCUGCCUCUUGAGUCUUUCAACCAACUACUAGACGCCUUGGCUCUCAACCAGACAGAUUUCAAGAUGCUCCCCAUAGUUAGAACGGAUCUUGAAACUAACGAGGCCACUUACUGGACAGACGAACUUUCGUACAUGCUUCGAGAAGGUGAUGUCACUAAUUUGGAGAGAACUAUCCUGGAAAGCUUUCUGUACAACUAUUCUGUUACACUGUUUGCAUGCGAGCCUUCUGUUGUUCACUACAUCAAAUCACCUUUCCAGGUCUACGCUGAGCUCAAACCGUAUCUUCUGCCUCCACUAUAUCAUUGUCCGGCUUGGUGGAUGAACAACCCUAUUAUGGGCGCAGCCCUAUCUGCAUUCGAGCUCGCAGCAAAGACAAAUUGGCUAUCGUUGUUUUUCCCCUUAAAUGCCAAGAAUAGAAUGGUUGCAGAAAAAUUACUGACUUUGUCGAAGUACUACCUCCCUCCCGUGCUUCCAGAAAACGUGAAGUUUCAUGAACCUGACUUUGUUCAGAGACGACUAAUGGAGAGCUGUUUGAUAGGCAACAUUGUGGCAAAGGCUUGCACCAUCUUGUUAUGCAAGUUGCUCAACCCAAAACUACAACCUGACGCUCCUGAAAUACAGGAGGAGAUUGACAAGCUCUUUUUAAAUUUACGAAAAUUGAGUCCUCACGCUCAAUCGUCUGGAUUGUGUUCGUGGCCUUUUGCUGUGGCAGGUGCUGCAGUAAUAAAGGAAGACCAAAGACUCUAUUUAAUAGAGCGGAUAAGGACCUUUGGGGUCAUGAAGAAAUCCAGUGGUUUGAUGAGCGUCAUGCGCUUUCUCUUCACUACCUGGGGUAGCGACACUGAUCCUGGCCCAGGUUGGGAUGUCCUUCUCGAUAAGGAAUAUCUCCGAAAUACAUUUCUUUAG